AUGGCAGAAAAUACCUCACUUUCGGCCCUUGAAACAAUUUUUGGGGCAGGGACAAGGCUUUGGCAUGUCUUGGGGGCAAUCCUUGCUGGGAUUGCUGUGCUUGCAGUUAUAUUCUGCGGGGCAUACUGGUGUGUGCAAGCUUUGAAGAACCGGUACAUACCCAUGGGAACACUUGUUCCAUCCGCGGAGGGACUCAGGUUCACCCGCCUUUCGCUCCAUUUUCACCGUUCAAUGACCCCGGGAUGGAUCGUCGGUCUCGCCCUUUGGCUCUGUGAACGAUCCAAGCCGGCCGGGCAACCCAAGAAAGUCACAAUGAGAUCCGUAGUCGCCAACUGGCUUCGCCGCAGACAGCAUCCCGAUGAUGAAGAACAAGCCGAGACUCGGAUUCCCACCCCUGAUCCAGGAGAGCAGAGCAACCGGCCUACAUAA